UGAAUGUUCAAAUUGUGGUAAAUCUACUGGAUUUUCAUUAAAAAUAAAUGGGGAAUUACCACUCAAAGAAACUAGGUAUUAUUUGACAAAUAUCUUAGAUAUUAAAAAAAGCAAAGGAUCUUAAAAAAAUUAAAAGCUAUUGGAAAUGCUAUUAUUUUCAUUUAUUUAUAUAAAAUGGAAGCUAUUAAAAAAUGGAAAAAGAAAAUGCAUCAUCUUAAAUUAUCUAAGAACUUAACAAUCUUAAGAAGACCUGCAGUUUUGUAAUUUGUUAAUUAAUUACCAAAUGCUCAACCUAUUAAAUAACUUAUGAAGUACAUUAUAUCUUUUGAAAGAUUGAAAUAAUAUCCUAAUUCAUCAACUUCCAUUCAAGAAUUCACUUGAAUUAUAAAAAGGUGUAACCAAUGAGUAUUCUCAUACAAUUUAUACUCAAUAAACUUCUAGUAAUCCAAAAGAGCCAAGACCUUUUGAUCCAUCUCCUGUGAGACCUAAAUCUCGUCAUUUGAUUGAGAAUUUAGGUAAGAAUCUCACUAAUUCAAAGGAUAUGUAAAAAAUGGAAAUGAGUAAUUUUCUGAAUAAUAGCAAUAAUAAAUGAGUAGGGAAUCUUAAAUUGAAUUAAAGAGAUUAGGAAGAUAGAAAGCAUUCUAGAAAACAGUUGAAAUGUGUUCAAAUAAAUCAUAAAAUGUAUUACAAAACAGUUAAGAUGAAGAAGUAUUAAUGAAUGAAUCUGUGCAUAGAAUAUAAUAAUCAAAUUAAAAAGUAGCAAGAAAAAGUUCAAUUUAAUAAUAUUUGGAAAAGAUAUUCAGAAAUGUAGAAUGUGUAAAUAAAAAAGAAAAUAAUAUUAAACCUUUGAGCAUAUUUAAUGAAGAAAUAAAUAAAUCAAAAAGCAAAUAUCAUUUCAGAUCUAAUUCUUAAUUGUAUUUAACUAAUUAUUAAUCUUAAUUGGUACCAUAUUAUGAACAAAUUAGAACUACAACUAACAGUUCUUAUUAUAAUAAUAAAAAGUAUAGUAUUAAGCCAUUAGGUAUGAUUAAAAAUAAAAAUAAAGUUAUUAAAGUAAAAAAGUGA